AUGUCUAGCAUGAAAAAGUCUCCUAAAAUCUGAAGUAAUCGCUGGCUCUCGCUAUGAAAAUUUGUUGUUUAUAUUUGGCUGUUAGAUAUUGUUGGUUGCUUAGAAAUUAUUGUGAUUUAUGAAAAAAGCUCUGCAUUUUGAAAUAUAGCAUCCAUUUGAGAUAUAUCGGAAAAAUUUAAAAACAUUGUUGAGUGGCAUAGCUGUGAAUAUUGAGAGGUAUUAAAUUGUUUUAAUGCAUAUGAAAACUCUACAUUAGUUUUAGACUUAACUGAUCGAAUUGAAACACAAUUUUCUGUUUUGAAAUUAUGUGAAGAGAGAAAAAUUCCUCAUUUAGUGUUUGAUGAUAAGCUGAAUUAUACCGAUAAAUUAACUUUCUCAGUAAUACCAUCUGCUUCGCAUCAAAUCAAUGCAUUUAUUUCUGUUUUUCGUUAUUUUAGAUGAACUCAAGGUCUUGUUGUAAACGAUGAAUUAAAGAAUUCUCUCGAAGAAAAUCUUAAAAAUUACUUAGGAAACUUUUAUUAUUUGACACUUGAAUCUGGUACAAAUAUCAACGAGUUCGUCAAUAGAGUCAUUACUCCUUUAGGUGUAACUUUAUACUGUAUUUUCUUGAGUCCCAUUAAAUCUUAUAAAAUUCAAAAUGCUUUAAGAUCUGCUAAACUUUUAGCAAGUGGAAACGGGAUUGUUUUAGACCAGAAAAGUGGAUAUGAGUGUAUAAUUGAUGGAGCCUUGAUUAUUACUGCCAAAGGGCAGGAAUUUUGUUCCACAGAAGAAGAUUAUAUGAAAUUAUCAAUCGAAAGUGUAAUUUCUGAAUUGCUUGAGCGCAUUGAAACAGAGAGCAGCCUUGAAAUCCUUUCUCAGUUAAAUUUUCUAUUAGGCAAAGACUACAGCAGCAAAAAUUUUUCAUUAAUUAAUAUUCAAGAAGGAAAAAGAAUCGUAGUUGGAGAAAUUGCUAGCGAAAAAGUAUCAAUAUUUGGAAAUAUCAUUUUUCCAGGCAAUUCUACAAUAAUUCCGAAGUCUGAAAAGAAAGUUUUGCAAUUGAGCAUUGAAGCAGGCUCUACAAAUCCAACAGGGCCUCCAACACCUUUUGGAUUGAUUUCAGGAUAUGGCUCAUUUGCAGCUCGAGACGUGAUUAACGAAGGAGAUUCUGGCCUGCUCACAAAUUUCCAAAUCGAAAUGUUUAAUUUUGACUGUGGAGCAUUAAUUUAUAAUGCCACAUUUGCCAAUGCAUGCUACUUGAAAGAUAAAGAUAAAUUUGGCCUAGGACAUAUUUCAGCUUGGGGAUCAUCGAUGACAAUUGGCUCAAUAACUUCUUUUAAUCAGUUCAAUUUCUCUUUUCCUAUUGUAGGUGCUGCAAAUGGAGAUCCAAACCUGAGCUCAACAGCUAAUUUUCCUACUUACAUGAGAGUCCAGGUUUCAAAUGUUUAUGGAUACUCUUUACUUCCAGUAUUUAUCAAAGCUUUUGGCUUCCAAAAAGCUUCAGUCAUUUAUCAAAAUGAUAGCUGGGGACGCACUUCUUAUAGUUACUUGAACCAAAGUGCCAAAAAUCAUAAUAUGGAUUUUAUGAACUCAGAAAGCAGCAGACAAAUUCCAGCAGACCUUGAUCGAAAUACCAUCAAAAAUUAUAUAAAUACACUCCAAGAGAUUAUUGAUUCUCAGACAAGAAUUUUAAUUUCACUUGUUGAAUAUCCAUCAAUUUACUAUAUAUUGGAAAAAUUUUACGAUUUAGGACUUAGAAAAGGAGAUCUGAUUAUUUUAACAUCAGUUGCAGAAAUUGUUCCGUUUACAGGAUAUGACAACUUAUAUAAAUAUAAAUUAUACGAAACUGGAGUUCCAAUUGUAACAAUGUUCGGGCAAAGCUGAGUUGGGCCACUUGGAGCAAAAGCUUUUACGAAGAUUUCAAAAGUUUAUGGAAGCCAAAUGAGUUUCUACAGCUGUUUUUAUUUUGACGCAGCUUUUUUGAUCGCUUAUGCUUUGGAUUAUAUGAUUAACAGAGGACUCGAUUAUACUAAUUCAACUAAAUUGAAUGAAAUCAUGAGAAAUCAACAAUUUUAUGGAUGCACUGGAGAAGUUACCAUAGAAAAAGGAUCCAAUGACAGAAUUAUACAAGCCUUUGAAAUUUUUGCAAAUAAACUCGAUGACACUGGAAACUUGGUAACCUACUUUGUGGGGCAGCUUAGGCCUCAAAGUACUCAACUUAUAAAAAUAGAUAAGCCAUUAGUGUUUGGAGAUGGGUCGAUAACAAAGCCAGCUGAUAUAAGAACCAGAGAUUAUACGUGUCCUUUUCCUAAUAGGCUUGUAAAGACAUUUGCAAAAGGAAGAGCUUUAGUUUUUGGGAUUUGCUUUACUGUUGCAUUAAUUUCCCUUGUAAUUACUAUUUAUAUAUGAAAAAGAUGGUGAAAAAUCUCUGUUACUCCACUUACAGCAAAAGAAGAAAUUUCUAUGCAAGAUUUCAUAGUUGGUGCAACCAUUGUUAUUGAAUUUUUCCAAUUUUCUUCAAUGGGUCCUGAUUUCUCUCCAAUUAACUCUACAUUGACUGAUAUAUGCAUCAUAAUAAAAUGGCUCUACUCCGUGAUUAUCUUUCCCCUGCCGAACCUUAAAUAUAGUGUUAGAUUUUAGGGCUUGGACUUAUGCACAGGGGAAUUAUGGUGAAGAUUGAUUACCUAGGAUCCUUUGCGUAUAAUGCUUUACUACGUAUUGCUACUGCCAUAAAAGGCAAGACCCUUAGGUCGAACAGGUGCUAGAGGAAAUUCUGAUUAAGUGAUAUAAGGCGUUAGACACUGAUGCUUCUCGAAUUUCUGGAUUUCUACUCCCCCCUCAGUGAGCGAACAAAAAACUUUGUUCGCUCACGAUGGAGUUAGUUUUUUUUUAAUAUAUACAUUUUAUACUAAAAUUUUUUCUCGAAAUUUAAAAAAAUUGCAAUUUGUAAAAUUUAGAAGUGCAAGUUUUUUAUAAUUAGCUAGAGAUUUUGUUAUACUAAUUGUCUUAUAUAUCAAAGUUUUUUCAUAAAAAAUUUUUUGUUCGCUCACGGAGGUGGGUUUGGGCAAAAAUAGGAUUUUUCAAUAGUUUUGCUCGCCUACGGAGGGGGAAGUAAAGGCUCCACGAGGAUUAAGAGAAGUGAGCAGCACUGCGAUAUAUGAUAUGCGUGUAAGAUUAGUAAUAAGAAGGAGAAAUAAAUCUUAAAAUAGAAACUUCAUAUUAGAGGUCCUAAGUUAAAUAAGCUACUUUAUUAUGUUGGCUAAUAUAUCUAACUAUUUUUCUCUUAGCUUGGACAGUAUUUUUAAGCUGCGAAAUGGGAUUUUUUGAAUCAUUGCUAAUGCUGUUUUUGGAUCUAUAGGGCUAUGAGUGAUCUUAUGCUUGGUUGUACUUCUGCGGCUUGAUGAAAAAUUUCCUAAUAAUUUUAUUUUCAGAAAUUUAGAUGCAUUUGCUGACUAUUUUAUGCCAAUUCUAGGCGAUUUAUGUUUCAUUCCUUUUAUUUCAAUUUGUCUACACUCCCUCUCAGUUACAAGUAAAAUUUUUUUCCUAGCUCAUAAGGGGUUUCAAUUUUCUAAAAUUCUGAUUGAUUUAUAUAUUUUUUUAUAGUAUUUUGUUAAAAAUUAAAAAUAAGUUUGAUAUUUUUUAUUUAUAUUAAAAUAUUUAUGCAGAGGAAUUUCCCGAGGAAUAAUAUUUUUUAAAUGUUUUGCUUACUUAUCUGGAAGAAUUAGAUAUCUUCUUAUGCGACCAAUCAAUUGGAGAUAAUUUUACUGAUAGUUUUCUUGCCCAAGAUUGCUAUUAUUUUUGCUGAAAAGAUGAACAUUUAGCUUAUGCGAUUUUGUCUGUGUUUGCUUUAAUAGCUUAUGAGCCACUUGCUGUAUUCUGUAGACCUCUUUGGCAAGAACUGCAGACUCUUUUGCAUGUAAAAGCAGUUCCUCUAUUUCUAAUGGUAAAGACAAUAGUUCAAAUAACUUUGGUCGUAAUGAACAAAACAGUAAAAAGAGCAGAAAGCACUACUCAUGGCGGUCUGUUUAUAGCAGUGAUGGUUUUGUAUAUUAUUUUUUUAUUUAAAUUCAAGCCCUACAAUUAUCCAAGAUUCAGCUGAUGGCAGACUUUAAUUUCAAUUGCAGUUGUCUGGCUUGCUUUUCUAUCAAUAAUUGCUCAAAAUAUUGGUGGAAGCCCACUUAUUUUGACAUCUAUUUUAGUGUCUGGGUUGAUAAUAAUAGCUCUAAUAGGAGUAUAUGUCCAGCAUAAAAAGUACCCAAGUCUACUAUUCCGCAAAAAAGGCCAAGAUGCAUCCAAUUUAUUUAGAUUUGCAUUUUCUUUUGGCAAAAAUUCAAAAAUUGCCUUAUCAAAAAUUUUACCAAGUGGGACCUCUAUGUCAUCACCUCGAAAAGUUGAAGAUCUCAGUCCUUAA